UGUAGAUUGAUUUUGUUGUGAGAAACUGAGCAAAGCAUUCAAUAAAUUUACUAAAAAAAAGGGCUAUUUUGUUGAUUCAAUAUAUAUAUAUAUAUAGCAUAUAGUAUAUAUAUAUAUAUACAAUAAUGGGUUCACGAUCGCGCAGUCCCUCGGUGAAACGCCGUCAUCACAAAAGCAAACACAAGAAACGCAGUAAAAGUAAGUCACACAACCGCGACAGGGAUCGGGACCACGAGCACGAGCGCAGCAGCUGCACACGCAGCAGUCGCACGGAUAGAGACAAAUCAACAGAGAUUAACCAACACGGCCGGCGAGAGCGCGAUAGACACCGCAGCGACAGGCACACGCACACGCACCUGCACACACACACAGAGCGAGACUAUCACCGGCACUCGCACUCUAAGUCCCGCAAACGCUCCACCUCAUCAAGUAGUGAUAGCCAACAGUACUCGGAUCAUGAGACGCAACGCAGCCGACACAAGCGCAGCCGCUUUAAGAAACUGGAUGAACAAAAUUUACUGCAGGUGGAACGACUGGCCGAAAUGGAACGGCAGCGGCGGCAAAAAGAAGCCGAGCAGAAAACAAUCGAAGAGCAGGCGGCCAAACGCAUCGAAAUGCUAGUUAAGAAGCGUGUCGAGGAGGAGCUCGAAAAGCGACGCGAUGAAAUCGAACAGGAGGUGAACCGACGUGUCGACACUGCCAAAGCGGAAAUGGAACGUGAUAUGAUGCUAGAGCUGGAGAGGCGGCGCGAACAGAUACGCGAAGAAGAACUCCGUCGCGAGGAGGAGGAAAAGCAAAAACGCGAAGAGCUCGAAGAAAUAUUGGCCGAAAAUAAUCGCAAAAUCGAAGAGGCGCAAAGAAAAUUGGCCGAAGAACGUUUAGCUAUCAUUGAGGAACAGCGUCUGAUGGAUGAGGAGCGUCAACGUAUGCGCAAAGAGCAAGAGAAACGCGUCAAGGAAGAGCAAAAGGUCAUAUUGGGCAAAAAUAAUUCAAGACCAAAGCUAUCGUUUUCCCUGAAGCCGGGCGCGUUAUGAGGUGUCCUUCAGCACACAGUGGGCGUUCCCUUUGUCCUUUUUUGUUUUACUUUUUUUUGGUUUUAUUUUUUUUCUUAAACCACGUUUUGUCGCCUUGCUUGCGAUUAAAAGCAGUCGAACGGGUUUCAUUGUUGUAAUUAUAUUUUAUUUGUUUUUGAAAAGCGUUUGAUUGUUUUGAAUGCAAGCAAGGUGUUAUUAGGUUGACCCAUGUUUUUAACAUACUACAUACACAUGCAGACAUCCAGACAGGCAAACAUAAAUUUAUAAACUAGUUUUGUUUAUUGAAUGAAAAACAAAUGGCCAACUUCUUCGAUUUAAAUAUUAUAUAGCUCUUUAUAGAACAAUAUGCUAGCAACUUACUUAAAUCUUUUAUACAUACGAUACAUAUGUGAGUCGAAUGAAUAUGUGUAGUGCGUCAUAUUGUUGCAAAAGGCUAAAAUAUAUAUAUAUAAAAGGCUAUAAAAUAUGCAAAACAUCAACAAGAUAUCGCGAAAAAUGUACUCCCAAACCUUUGCUACAAGAAACAUUAAACAAAAUUGAUAAUAAAGCGUUUCGUAUACAAAA